UAUCGGACACGGACGCCCGUGGCCGCCACCGUCACCGCGAGCUCUAGUGCCUGCUGCCGAGAGGCCCGAGCCGUGCUCCGCGAUUGCUCCUGUGCUGCGUUACGACGAUCUGCCAACGCUGCUACUGCUGCUACCGCUAACUGCACUGCGUCGGCUGAGAUAACCCACCGAGGCAAUAAUCAACGCUACGACGACGGCGUCGACGCUCGACGCCGAUCUAACGCGCCAACUCCGCUCUAUCGCUCUCUGUAUUCUAUAUUCUGUAGCCGGCCUCGGCAGAGCCAAGUAUUUUACUCCGUUUUUAGCCUUUUCAACUUCCUUCUUAUUUCUUUACUUUUCUCUCUCUCUCUCUCUCUCUCUCUCUUACUCAUACUUACUCACUCGCUUUUUUGUUCAUUCGAUUCUCGAGUGCUCGCAGUGUAGUGUCUCUCCAGCCGACAACUGGCUGCUACUUCUCUCAGCUCCUUCUUUUUCUUCGAGUGCCGUGCACAGUGCAAGUUAGCAAAGCCACAAGUAUAUACGAGGGACGACGACGAUCGUCCGAGUCGAUUUGUUUUCUUUGUCAAGGAUCGACCGAUCGAUCGAUCCAACAGUGCGAACGACCAGUGCCAAUUGUGCAGACGCAUUAACAGCCAUUCGAGGGCGAGCUUCGACGACGAGUACAUCGUUUACGAUAUUCAACGUUGUUGGCUGCGGGUCAUCCAACACAUACGCACUGACACACAGCGAAUCGAGCUGCAGCGGCGCACUUGUUACCCAUCGUCGCCCAGCGCGCGUCAAUGUGCUGCUGCUGAGAGUGUCAACAUAGCAUAUACGACAUAAUAAUACGAGUGUGUCGCGAGGCGGCGGCAACGACAACAUCGACGCACACGUCGUAUCAUUUCAUAUAUAUAUGUGCAGUCUAGUCCAUUGGAAAGGCAGCAGAGCCCGGCGGACGUAGCUGUCGUCAAGCCGCCGCCGCCACCGUCGACUCCGAGUCAAUAGUCCGAAGGUCGCGAAUCGUCAUCGUAGCGAUGCUUCGACUCGACGAGGAUUGAGGCGCUUCGCAGCCGUGUGGCGCGUCGUGCAUCAACACUUGCCGCCCCGCUGCAGUUUUGUGCGCAAAACAAUAAUAUACGGACGGUCAUCCGGUCAUCAUCCUCGGGGCACCUCGACACGCCGUGACAAUUCAGCGUUCGUCAUCGAUUCGUAGCUACUCGUCGCUACUGCCGUUUUCGCAGCAUCUUGCGAACAGCUAAACAACCGGACACGCCGCGUUGUUCUUUUUCUGCAGUGUUGUGCGUGUGUGCGGUGUUGUCUUUUUGUUUAUUCCUUCUCGCUCGCUCUCUCUCUCUCUUUCUCUAUCUGUCUCUACAUUUUAGGGGACGAGAAAGAAGAAGACCUUUUCUGCGGAGCCAUCGUUUUGUGGUUCCGCCGAUCUCCGUGUCAGUGACUCUCAAACAUUAAUUGCUUGAGUAAUUGUAGCUAAACAAAAAAGGAAAAUGUCACUUUGGGCUAAAACGCAGCAACUUCCACCCGAGCUGUUGCAAAAGGUCCGCUCGGUAUAUGGCGAACAUUUUCCGAUCGAAGUACGUCACUUUUUAGCAGGAUGGAUCGAAGAAAGAGUGUGGACGAACGUUGAUCCAGAAAAUCCACAAAAUGAACAGUACAUUACCACCCUCAUUCAAUCUCUUAUUCAAGAGCUGGAAACAAAGGUUCAACAACUCAAUACUGAAGAUCUUUUCUUAACAAAAAUUAAACUAAUGGAAGCUGCAAAGACUUUUCGUCAACGAUACAAUGCACAUCCAAUCACAUUAUUUAAUUUGAUCAAACAUUGUUUGAUAACAGAAAUGACAUUAGUUAAUCAAACAAUUGAUGGUAGCGGAAACUUGAUGAAUAUUCCUGGUAAUCGAGCAGGAUUAGUAGCAGGUGAUUCAAUGGCAGAAAUUGCCCAUCAAAUAGAUCUCCUCAGACGUAAAACACAAGAAACAAGUGAAGAAGUGCGAAAACUAGAGAAUGAUCAAGAAUCUUUUGCUAUUUCCUAUCAUGAAUGUACAAAAUUAAAUGCUCAUUUGCAAAAUAUCACUACUCAACCACAGACACCUCAAACCAUGGAAAUAGAGAAAAAAAUUCGUCGACAAAAAGAAGCUCAAGAGCUUAAAUUGAAUAAUCAUGUGCAAAGUUUACUUCAACAGCGUAUAAAUUUAGCAGACCGACUUAAAGACACAAUUGGCAAAUUGGCAUUUUUACAAUGUAGAGUACUAGAUGACGAAUUAAUUAGGUGGAAGAGAGAUCAGCAACUUGCAGGAAAUGGAGCUAUGCUCACAAGUAAUUUAGAUGCCAUUCAAGAAUGGUGUGAAAGUCUUGCAGAACUUAUAUGGUUGAAUCGUCAACAAGUUAAAGAAGCUGAGCGCUUGAAAACAAAACUUACUCUGGAACCACCUAAUUCCCAAGAUGUGUUGCCAGCCCUUAAUUCUCAAGUUACUCAAUUAUUAAGCUCGCUUGUGACAAGCACAUUUAUCAUUGAAAAACAGCCACCUCAAGUAAUGAAGACUAAUACACGCUUCACUAGUACAGUGCGACUUUUGGUUGGUAGUAAGCUUAAUGUAUACAUGACUCCUCCACAAGUCAAAGUCAGCAUUAUUAGUGAGGCUCAAGCAAAUGCUCUUUUAAAAAGUGAUAAAAUGUGCAAUCGUGGAGAAGCUAGUGGUGAGAUCUUAAACAAUUCAGGUUCCAUGGAAUAUCAUCAAGGCACCAGACAAUUAUCUGUCAGUUUCAGAAAUAUGCAGUUGAAAAAAAUUAAAAGAGCUGAAAAAAAAGGAACAGAGUCAGUUAUGGAUGAAAAAUUCUCACUUUUAUUCCAAUCUCAAUUCACUGUAGGAAAUGGCGAACUAGUUUUUCAGGUGUGGACAUUAAGUUUACCAGUUGUGGUAAUAGUUCAUGGAAAUCAAGAACCCCAUGCUUGGGCUACAGUCACAUGGGACAAUGCUUUUGCCGAACCAGGACGUGUUCCGUUCUGUGUCCCUGACAAAGUUCCAUGGUGUCAAGUAGCUGAAGCUUUAAACGUUAAAUUUCGAUCGGCCACUGGUCGUGCGUUAACUGACGACAAUCUACGAUUUCUAGCAGAAAAAGCCUUUAGAGGAGGUGCAACUUGCCAAGAUUAUACAAAUUUAAUGUUAAGCUGGGCUCAGUUUUGCAAGGAACCCCUUCCUGAACGUACUUUCACAUUUUGGGAAUGGUUCUAUGCAGUCAUGAAGCUCACUCGAGAGCAUCUCAGAGGUCCUUGGAAUGAUGGAUAUAUUCUUGGUUUUGUUCGAAAGAAGCAAGCUGAAGAAAUGCUCUCAAACUGUUCUUCUGGUACUUUCCUCAUGAGAUUUUCUGAUUCGGAAUUAGGAGGAGUUACAAUAGCUUGGGUGGGAGAAAAUGCUGAAGUUUUUAUGCUGCAGCCAUUUACUAGCAAAGAUUUUGCUAUCAGAAGCUUAGCUGACAGAAUAUCAGAUUUACAAUAUUUAAUGUAUCUUUAUCCUGACUUAUCUAAAGAUCAAGCUUUUUCAAAAUACUACACUCCGUUUCAAGUUGAAAGUCAACCAUUGAAUAAUGGCUAUGUAAAACCGUUAUUGGUAACACACGUGCCAGGUUGGUCAUCCGUUGGUGCUCAAACUCCUUCGCACUCGUCCAUGAGUGGAAUGGGCCCUGGUCAUGGACAUGGCAGCUACCCUUCGACGCCGUCUACUAUGUUCCAAGCCCAUAGUCCGGAUCCCUCGGUAACACGAGAUACACCCUCGGUCGCGUCGAGCUACGCUCCGGGUCUCGGCCAAUCGGUAAGGAGUAACGCUGACAUGGACUACGUGGAGCUGAUGAACCACAGUGACCUGUCGGGCAUGGAGGAUAAUCUCAACAGCUUGGAUCAGCUCAAUAACUAUGGAAACUUUUCCGACUUCAUAAACGCCCAGCAACCACCGGAGCAGCCACCGCCAAGUUACGACAGUAUCAAACAUCAAUAAGGCAGGGAGAAAAAAAAGACCGAUUUACACAUAAACACACCCACACCCAAACACACGUAUGCAUGAAGUUGGAAAAUUUUUAAAUAAACGAUCAACAAUUCUAGAAGCCACAUUAUUCUGCAUACAUUAGAUAUUAAUUAUCAAUCAAAUUUGAAUAAUUUAUUAUAGUUUAUAGUUUAAUAGAUCAGUUUUGACUGUUUUAAGAAUGGCUGAAGUAGACGAUACGAGUGUGCUUGUGUAUGAUACAUAUGAUGAAAACUGAAUUUUUACUAUUAUGACUUGUCGACUAGUUCGUCGUUCUUAUUUAUUAGUUUGUUGAAACUUCUGUAUGUAUAACGUAGAAUUUUGUCCAUUAAGAUCUAAGAAUUAUUAACAUAUAAUUUUAUUAUGCUGUAAUUUUAUGCUUUGUAUUAGUGGCAUUUUUGUUCAGUAGAUAAUGAUUAUAAAUUGCAUUUCUCAUUGUCUAAAUUCACAUAUUUAAUAAAACAUGAAAACAGAAAAGAAGAAAACUACAAGACUACAUGCGAAAGAAAGACUAAGUGUACAACGACGUUAGUUAUUUUGUCAAAAACUCCAAUAGAUCUUCCCAAUCAUGAUCAUAUCAUGAUUUGAUGAACGGACUUUAAAUUUAAUUGUUGCAUGAAUUGGGGAAAAUAUUGAAGUAUUUUGGGAAAUAAAUAAUACUUUAAUGUGCACUAAUGUAAUAUUAUAUACUAUCUGUAUGUAACUGACUAGUAUGUUAUUGAACAAUCAUUAAAUUUUUUAGGUGUGCAUUAUUCAUAAAUAACGAUUGUUUACAUAUUUUUUAUUUGUAUAAGCGAAUUUUUUCGUUGUCAUUAUUCUUUUGUUUCACAACAAUUUUUAAGCCAUUGAUCACUUAAAUUCGGCGAAUAAAAACAUCUAGAUUUUAA